AUGGAGAACGCUCCGGAGCUGGAGCUAUCUGCUGCUGUCCGGGUUAUCCGCUCCUCCUCAGCGGUCUGUUUUGGCGCCGAGCAGCCCGGGACGGAGCUUCCUGGUUCCUUCAUGCAGAUCAGACAACACUGGACGGGCCGGGACGGCCCGAGUCCCUCACAGGACGGCCCGAGUCCCUCACAGGACGGCCCGGGUCCCUCACAGGACGGCCCGAGUCCCUCAGAGGACGGCCCGAGUCCCUCAGAGGACGGCCCGAGUCCCUCAGAGGACGGCCCGAGUCCCUCACAGGACGGCCCGAGUCCCUCAGAGGACGGCCCCAGUCCCUCAGAGGACGGCCCCAGUCCCUCACAGGACGGCCCCAGUCCCUCACAGGACGGCCCGAGUCCCUCACAGGACGGCCCCAGUCCCUCAGAGGACGGCCCGAGUCCCUCACAGGACGGCCCGAGUCCCUCAGAGGACGGCCCGAGUCCCUCACAGGACGGCCCGAGUCCCUCAGAGGACGGCCCCAGUCCCUCAGAGGACGGCCCCAGUCCCUCACAGGACGGCCCCAGUCCCUCACAGGACGGCCCGAGUCCCUCAGAGGACGGCCCCAGUCCCUCACAGGACGGCCCCAGUCCCUCACAGGACGGCCCGAGUCCCUCACAGGACGGCCCGAGUCCCUCACAGGACGGCCCCAGUCCCUCAGAGGACGGCCCGAGUCCCUCACAGGACGGCCCGAGUCCCUCAGAGGACGGCCCGAGUCCCUCACAGGACGGCCCGAGUCCCUCAGAGGACGGCCCCAGUCCCUCAGAGGACGGCCCCAGUCCCUCACAGGACGGCCCCAGUCCCUCACAGGACGGCCCGAGUCCCUCAGAGGACGGCCCCAGUCCCUCACAGGACGGCCCCAGUCCCUCACAGGACGGCCACAGUGGAACCUGGAACCAGGCCAUGUAA